AUCGAUCUUUGAACUAAACUGUCGGAUCCCACACCUAAAAACAUUGAGGAAAAUUCGAAGACGUUUGAUGACAUGGCAAAGGGAAAUCAGUCUAUUCUCGGAGAAAACAUGAGAAACGUACACUUCAGAUCGCGGACUUUUGUUUUAAUAGGAUUUGCGUUGGCGGGUUUCGCUAUCUUUAGUUACUGGGGUCUUUCUUCCCAAAAUAGCGAUCUCCAAGACAAAAUCGAACGUCUUGAAGAUAACCUCAACAUCGGUACGCGCAAGCAAAGAGAUCUAGAAGAUGAACUACAGGCCAUGGUUAAAAAAUCAAAUGACCUGCUGAAAGCUAAUGCGAAGUUGCAGUCUGAACUGCAGCAAAAGGAGAAUCUCAUUUCAGCACAGGGUGUCGAAGGUUCCCAAUGGCGUGAUAAGGUACGAAAUGCAGAAACAGAAGUCGAAAAGUUCAAAGCAGACAUUGCAGACAAGGUGAAAAAGUUACAAGAUCUGCAAAAACAAGUUGCGUCCUAUUCUCAAGAUAUUUUGUUUAAAGAAUCAAAAUUGAAUGAAGCACAAGAACUAAUCAAAAAGCUACAAAAGGAUCCCCUCAAUGUGCACAAUAUAACUGAUCAUUUAUCAAUGGGCCGUGCACCGGCCAUAGUAUCCGCCGCCGUUGGCGGCAUACAUGUACAUGAUCCGGCUGUAGAGGGAAUGAUCUUCCAUGGGGUUCCAUUACUACCCCAGGAACCCCCAAACGUACAGCGUCCCCGACCGUUGUUUAGUGUCAACACCCUCAACAAUCUGAAAGUCGCAAGCAGUAGCUCAGCUUCCCCGGUCGCUGAUUCUAACCUUGUCCUCGCAAAACCCAACAAUGAAAAAUCCGAUGAUGAUGUAGAAAAGAAGCUUGAAAAACGCCAAGAGAACGAACCGGUAGUGGGGAGGCCACAACUAGAGGAGAGUGCCAAUGCAGUGAAACCCGAUGAAGAACUGGAGCUGGUGGAUCCGAAAGAGAACGUGGUGGAACACCCAGAACCGGAGAACGAUGAGACCAAAUUCAAAGAAAUUCGAGAAGAAAUGGACAUUGGGGAAGUAGAUAAGAAUGCCGCGAACGCAGUGGAGAAUUCAAAGGAGCUGAACGAAGUCAAUGAAACCAACGUAAUCAACGAACCCAACCUAAUCAAUUCGCAAGGUGAAAACUUGGACGAAGAGCCCGCACUUGUAGAUACCAACCCACGAUUCCGUAACUUUAAGGCUCGUGUCAUGCACAAGAAAACGGAUGAAGAUAAUUUACCCGAAGAUCAGGAAGUCGAAAAUGAACACGAAGAUGACCGAGGAGACAAUUAAAACGUUGUGGUGCCAACCUCUUGUUGUAUUUGUUACAAGGAUUUCAUGUUAUCUUGUCACUUGUUUUUUUUAUGCGCCUUUUUUUUUUAAUCCAAUGAAUGUAUUCUCAUUUUCUUGUAUUAGUAUUCUUCCGCAAACCAUUUCUUGCAAAUUUUUUUUUUUUUUUCUUUGUGUAUCUAUCUUUCUCAUGCCUUAGGGUAACGGACGCAACAAUUGUCGAUUUGCGAUAGGUUAUGUCGGCUAUGUUUCGAAGUAUUGUUAUAAUACUUUUUUUUUUCUAUUAGGUUUUGUUACGUUUAUGUGUUGAAUGCAUCAAGUCGUACAAGACACAAGCUCACUUAUUAUCCUCAUACUGUAAUCGAGUCUCUUGUUACUCAGUCCGAUUAAUAUAUUAACAACUGAAAUCUA